AUGCCAGGGGAACCUUGCUUCAUCACCUCUGAUGAGUUUAGUCAGGCUUAUGAAACUUCCUCUUUCAAUCUCUGCUUUAAAUAUCAAACACUUUUCACUUCUCUGCACCACUCGGUCUCUCUUUCACACACUCACUCACUCACACACACACUUGCAUGCAGGCUCUUCGGUCCGUCUUUCAGUAUGGGCAAUUUUGCAGCAAAUGAAGGACUGUCCAUCUUUGUUAUUCUGGUAUGGCUCGGUAUCAACGCUUUCCUCUUCGUCCAUUUCUACAUGGCGUUCCUUGUGGAUCGUUUCUACUACACUAGAGUCAUCCUAGGGCAUGCUUUGUCCUGGGCGAGGGCUCCAGCUGCGUGUCUGAACUUUAACUGCAUGUUGAUCCUGCUGCCAGUCUGCCGCAACCUGCUCUCCUUCCUCAGGGGAUCCAUUCAGUGCUGUAGCCGUACUGCUGCUCGCCAGCUAGACAGGAACAUCACAUUCCACAAACUGGUGGCCUACAUGAUCGCCUUCCACACAGCGGUACACAUCAUCGCUCAUCUGUUUAAUUUUGAGCGUUUUAUGGACGCCCAGCUGGAGGCCAACAGCAGCUCCUUGCCUCAUGUCCUCUCUCUGAUCGGCAACAAAGACAACGAAUCAUUCCUUAACCCCAUUAGGAGUAAUGAGACGAACCCAACAAUUGUGAUGUUCACAACAGUGGCAGGACUGACUGGAGUGGUCAUCACCCUAGCGCUCAUCCUCAUCAUCACUUCCUCUAUGGAGGUGAUCCGCAGGUCCUACUUUGAGGUGUUCUGGUUCACCCACCACCUCUUCAUCGUGUUCUUCAUUGGUCUAGUGCUGCAUGGGAUUGGCCGCAUUGUGCGAGGCCAGUCUUUUGACAGUCUGAAGCAUCACGAUCCUAUAAAAUGUCACAGUCAGUUUGAGGAAUGGGGCAACGAUCCAUCCUGCCCUGAGCCGAAAUUUGCCGGAAAUCCACCAAUGACAUGGAAGUGGGUGGUUGGGCCGAUGUUUCUUUUCUUGUGUGAGAGGCUAGUGAGAUUCCAUCGCUCACAGCAGAAAGUGGUCAUCACCAAGGUGGUAAUGCAUCCAUCCAAAACCCUGGAGCUGCAGAUGAAGAAAAAGGGCUUCAAGAUGGAAGUGGGCCAGUACAUCUUCAUGCAGUGCCCAUCUAUCUCUCAGCUAGAGUGGCACCCCUUUACCCUGACCUCUGCUCCUGAGGAGGACCACUUCAGUGUCCACAUCCGCAUCGUUGGGGACUGGACCCAGGCCCUAUACUCUGCGUGUGGAGGGGACAAAACAGGGGUGCAGGACGCCUGGGAGCUACCCAAGAUGGCAGUGGACGGCCCUUUUGGUACAGCCAGUGAAGACGUCUUCCGCUACGAGGUUGUCAUGCUGGUCGGUGCCGGGAUUGGUGUCACUCCUUUUGCCUCUAUUCUGAAAUCUGUGUGGUACAAGCAUGUCCAACAGAACACCAACGUGUUCACUAAAAAGAUUUAUUUCUAUUGGCUGUGCCCGGAGACCCAGGCGUUUGAGUGGUUCGCGGAUCUGCUGCAGUCUCUGGAGCGCCAGAUGACUGAGAAGCACAUGAGGGACUUCCUGAGUUACAACAUUUAUCUGACCCGCUGGAAAGACGCAGAGGCUGCUCACUUACGAGUUCAGUAUGAGGCUGAGAAUGACCCCAUCACUGGCUUGAAGCAGAAGACCCUGUAUGGCAAACCUAACUGGGACAACGAGUUCAACACUAUUGCCACCAGUCAUCCAGGGUGUAAAGUGGGGGUGUUUCUCUGUGGGCCACAAGCACUGGGCAAAUCCUUGGAGAAGCAGUGCCACAGCCAAUCACAGGGCGGAACUGAAUUUAUAUUCAACAAGGAAAACUUUUGAUCAUUUUUUAGCUUGGUGUAGGAAGUAUACUUUCUGUAUAUUUUCUGCAAAGCUAAAGGAUGGAUUUAUAACCUAAAUUGGCUGGUGAAAGUUUAAGCUUGUAUGUAGUAUAUAGUGUGUAUAGGGAUGGGUGGUAUAUCCACUUUUAUCUGUUGCUGUCAAAGGCUAUGUUCACAUUACCAGGCGGAAGUGACUCAAUUCCUAUUUAUUGCUCAGUGUGGCUCAGAUCAGAUUUUUUUCAUGGCUGUGUGAACGUGCCAAAUCUGUUCAUUUUUUUUCCAAAUCAGAUUUGAGUCACUUCCAUAUGUGGCCCUAAAUCAGAUACAUAUCCAAUCCAUGGACAUGCGACAUGAAUGUGAACGGUCAAAUCGGCCCGUCAAAUUUUAUGCAUGCACUACGUGCUUCUCUCUUGUACCCACACAUUUUUUGGUGCAGCUGUGCAGCUAUAGCUGUAAAAACAGCAAAAGCAAACCGCCUGGCCUUUUUUCACCUCCUUGACCUGAGCAUGAACUUCAGACCAGCUCUCCACUUUUUUACUCUCCACUCCAGCAAAAGAUGCUCCACAUAUCAGCUACUAACGCAUCCAUUUCACCUUUAUAAAGCUACGAGUCGUCUCUCAAAUAUGAUGUUUAAUGUUGUUGGUGAAGAAGGCGAGGAGUUUCAGGAACAGAUUCGUUCACAUUACACACAGAUACAGGUCACUUACAUCUGUGAAUGUGAACCGCCAAACCCAAUCUGAGCAAAAUAUUGAAUUUGAGCAACGUUGCUUGUAAUGUGAACGUAGCCUAAAAAACAUAAAAAUUAUUCAAUGUAAAGUUCAAUUUGCUCAACAGGGUCACAAACAAAGAAUGUUUUUACACCUGAAAGUCAAGAUCGGGGUCCGCACCAAGGUUCAUGUGUUUGUUACAUUGUUUUUGGUCAAUUUAAUCCAGUUAGUUUUGGUUUCACACUGCAGUUUAGUGACUGAGCAGAACUUUACUACAUUUUGUCAUUAUCAGCAACAUGGGCUGUGUCCCUCUGUAAUUCAUAUUAAUUGGUUUGUAGAAUAUUAGUUGUAAGUUCGGCUUUGAGUUGCUUUUUUCAGGUGUUAUGUCGAAUACUAGCUCUCUGUCAGAAUCCGACUCCCCUUCGUGUACAUGUACACCCCACAGCAAAAUGAGUGUAAAAUAUUAUCCGUAAAUCUGUUUCAUUUCUUUUUAUAAACAAGCGUUACAGCAAAUAAAUGAAUUGCCAAUAUAAGACUACAGCUGCGUGACACUUCUGCACGAAAGGGGAGAGGAGACAGAUUUUGGCACAACACCAAUUCUAUUUUUUCUGGUUUUGUUUAAAAGACUGACUCAGCUUCCUGUAAUUGGUCUAAAAGUCCAAACCAUCUAAAAAAGUGCUUUCACACUGCAGACAAAUCUGACGGACGACGGUUCAGUAGAUCUGGACUGAGACCACCUUUUUUGGUCAAUCCAAACUUAAGCCUUUGGUCUGAUGGUGGUUCUAAGCCCCUUUCAACCCUGAUACUUUGGUUCCACCCAAACUGAAAAAAAGCCAGAAAGUCUGAAUCAAACAAGGUAACACCCUAAAUUAACACACUUUGGCCCAAUCUCAUUUUUCUUUUGUAACCUCUAACCCUUCCAAGCUUCCCCUUGGAAGAUGAUUAAGGAUUAUUAAAUCAUUAACAAUGACCUUAA